CACAAAACAAUAUACGUUAUUGUGGAGUUAUUCUGCAGAGUUAAGAAGGGCUAAUCCUGAAAAUACAUGCAAGGUUAGUGUAGAAAGGGUUUUUCCUGACUUACAACCAAGAUUUGGCUCAUUCUAUUUCUGUUUUGAUGGUUGCAAGAGGGGUUUUCUAGCUGCGUGCAAACCUUUUAUUGGGGUUGAUGGGUGUCAUUUAAAAACAAGAUAUGGUGGUCAACUUCUUAUAGCCGUUGGGAGCUGGAGGGAUCCAAAUGAUCAAUACUUCCCUCUUGCAUUUGGAGUGUGUGAAACUGAGACUAAAGAAUCAUGGAGGUGGUUUUUAACCUUGCUAUUGGAGGAUAUUGGACAAGAUAAAAGGUGGGUGUUUAUUUCAGAUCAACAAAAGGGCCUGAUUUCUGUUUUUGAAGAGCUAAAUGAAAGUGUAGAGCAUAGGUUGUGUUUGAGGCAUCUUUAUGCUAACUUUAAGAAAAAGUUUGGAGGAGGAACUGCUAUGAGAGAUCUAAUGAUGUCUGCGGC